AUCCGGUUUUCUGAUGACGUAUUUACACGCAUGCGCCGACCAAAUGAUUGUUAUUUUCUCCCAAGGUACUUCCUUGCUGCCAGGCAGACGCAUUCCAGUUUAAAUUUACAUACUACAGUCAUCAUGGCACUGAAACGAAUAAAGAAGGAACUUCAAGACUUAGGUCGGGAUCCACCAGCACAUUGUUCUGCAGGCCCAGUAGGAGAUGACCUCUUUCAUUGGCAAGCCACAAUCAUGGGGCCACCAGAGAGUCCCUAUCAAGGUGGUGUUUUCUUCUUAACCAUUCAGUUUCCUACAGACUAUCCAUUCAAACCACCCAAAGUUUCUUUCACAACAAGAAUUUACCAUCCAAACAUAAACAGUAAUGGAAGCAUUUGCUUGGACAUACUCAGGUCUCAAUGGUCACCUGCACUCACUAUUUCAAAAGUUUUGCUGUCUAUCUCAUCACUGCUGACAGACCCUAAUCCUGAUGAUCCUCUGGUGCCAGAAAUAGCCAAAGUUUACAAGACGGAUCGCUUGAAGUAUGAACAGACUGGAAGGGAGUGGACAAGAAAAUAUGCCAUGUGACACAACAGUGCCCGGUCAUCUUGCAUUUGAAGCAAUUAGGAGCACUUUGUUUCUGUAAUGUAAAAUUGAAGUACAACAGACUGAACCUCGUUUCCUCUCUAAUAAACAUUACAGGAAGGGUCAUCUUUUCACCUCCCAUUAGUAUAUGGAGUGUGGGUUAGGGGGAUAAGGAAAUUUGGUGAAAGUUUUGAGGAAGAAUGAUUUCAACACAUUUUGACUGUGUAAGAUGACUAGCCAUGCAGUGACUAGGUUUAAAAAGGCAACAAAUUUGGAAAAUCCCCUUUGAAAUAAAGAAUGCAUGUGUUUGACAUUGUGUGUGUGUGGGCAUGCAUGUAUGCUUAAGUCUGUGCUGAUAUGUUUCAGUUCUCUAAUCGUAUUGUAAGGUUAAAAUGACCAUUGUGGUUAAUCGAUCGAACAUUAAUAAUUUUUUCGUAGUGGAUAGGCCAACAUCGAUUUAAAUGAAAGAUAGCUUUGAUGGAAUAGUUACUUAUGUAUGUGAUAAAAAACAGUUCUUGCAUAUUUUGUAAUGUUUUUCUUUUCACGUCCUGUCAGAUUAAGAGAGGAGGACAUGACAUCAAAUAAUAUGGGAUGGUCCCUUUUACUUUAAUGAACAUACAUGAAAAACACAUUCAGUCGCUGUAAUUUCCAUUACAUUGCAUGGGUUUUUUUUUUUUCCUGCAUUUAAAGGGUGGUAUUUUAGGUAAGGUGAAAGAAUCAUGCAUGUAAAUAUGUCAUCAGAAUAAAAGUUUGAUGGUAGGUGAAACUUUUUUUUUUGGAAGGGGUGGGGUCAUGGUUUAGUUUUCUUGUGCAUUCAUUUGUUAUAGUUUAGUACUAAGCAUAGGUGGAGAAGAAAUGCGUAGUUAAUGUCAGGUGACAUCUGAUUCAUAAUUACAUAUUAAAACAAAUCCUUUUGAAAAGUUUUUACUCGAUUUUUGUUUUGCCCAAAUUUAAACUUCAGCUAUGCGUAAAAAUGCAAGACAAACUGUGAUAGUCUUCUUUGCCCAACAGGUACAGUUCAAAAACUGGGUGGUUUGAUAAUGUAACCAAACUCAAAAUAAAUGCUGCAGUCAUGGUCUAUA